GACGCUGGGCGGCGCUUAGAGGUCCGCUCUGCCCGCCCCUGUCGCUGGCGUCGGAGGUCCCGGAAGCGUAGCCGGGGCUGUUGGCGAUGAUGGCGGAGAGUCCGGCUGCCGAGGAGGCGGCUGCGGCCGCGGUGCUGGCGGCGGCGCCGCCGUCGAGCGCGGGGCCGGGAGCUGGAGCGGGCGGCGGCGGCGGCCCCGGGGUGUUCCUGCCGGCCGAGAUCUGGGCGGUGGCGGGGCUGGGCUCAGCCGGGGCCGCAUCCGGAGCGGGUGCGGGAGUCGGGGCUGGCGGGACCUCGGUGCCCGGGAUCCCCAGCUCGGCCGCCGCGGCUGCCGCGGCCGGGGUGCUCCUCUCGCACUCGGCCUUCUGGGACCCCACCACCAGCGGCGACUGGGACGGCGAGAGGCCGAGCCCGGCUUGCCUGCUCCGCAUCAAACGAGAUAUCAUGUCUAUCUACAAGGAACCCCCUCCUGGAAUGUUUGUAGUGCCUGACCCCCAUGAUAUGACCAAGAUUCAUGCGUUGAUCACAGGCCCCUUUGACACGCCUUACGAAGGGGGUUUCUUCUUGUUCCUGUUUCGCUGUCCUCCAGAUUAUCCCAUCCAUCCGCCGCGGGUCAAACUGAUGACAACCGGGAAUAACACAGUGAGGUUUAACCCUAACUUCUACCGCAAUGGGAAGGUCUGCCUCAGUAUUCUAGGUACGUGGACUGGUCCAGCCUGGAGUCCUGCCCAGAGCAUCUCUUCGGUCCUUAUAUCUAUACAGUCCCUGAUGACUGAGAACCCUUAUCACAACGAGCCUGGCUUUGAGCAGGAAAGACAUCCGGGAGACAGUAAAAAUUACAACGAGUGUAUUCGGCACGAGACUAUCAGGGUCGCUGUGUGUGACAUGCUAGAAGGAAAAUGCCCUUGUCCGGAGCCUUUACGGGGUGUCAUGGAAAAGUCCUUCAUGGAGUAUUAUGAUUUCUACGAGGGGGUAUGCAAAGAGCGGCUUCACCUCCAAGGACAGACAAUGCAGGAUCCCUUCGGCGAGAAGCGAGGGCACUUUGACUACCAGUCCCUUCUGCUGCGUUUGCAAGGAAUCCGCCUGAAAGUGCAAGAGAAACACCAGCAGGAGAAUCCAGACAUAGACUCAGAAAGCAGCUCCUCUGAGACAGAGACAGACACUCAAGGGAGCAUUAAGGCUUAGGUGCCUCCCACCUGACCGCUUGGGAACCCAAGACGUAGGGGUGGGAUCUUCUGACUCCAGGCACUGCGGAGGAACCCCGGAGAGACCCAAGAACCAGUCCGGUUCUAGAGCGGGGAGAACCUGGGCUCAGCAGCCACCCCUUCAUUGCCUCCUCCAGUGCUCUGGUACACGCUGUUUAAAACAAACGAGGAUUUGAUGCUAAAACUGAACACGGGCUUGUGACAAGCUCUCUUUUGAAAGUGGCUCUUUCUCUGCUGGAGACCCGUGAGCAAAAAUGGCAUAAAAGCAUUCUGGAAGAACCCGCGACGGGUUGGUUUCUGUCCUCCCCAUGUUUCUAAAAGAGCAGGAGGUAGAGCUUGCCUCUACGCCCCGCCGUCUUUCAUUUCAAAACAUGCCGCAUAUACUCUCAGCGCCUCCCUCCCAGCGUUCCCACAAAGGGAUGGACUCCCAGCUCUACCAAGUCUGUAAAAGCACCUUUGACCAUUUAAAUAAUCAAGCCCUGUUUUCAUAUUCGCUCUGUUUCAGUUUCCUAGUUGGGUUGGUGUUGCCUGUCCUAGACAGACCAAAGAGGAGGAACUUUGGCCGGAACUGGGCUUUUGUGGCGAUCCAAAACGACAACGAAAAAGCAGUUUCCAAAGCUUUACUCAACUCUAGAGCUCCUUUUGAAUAACCCCUCCCCAAAUUCGGAAUCCAGGCAGGAAAGAAGGAAGAGACAAACUGGGAGAGAUCCUAAAUUGUUAAUGUGUCAGCCUUGUGAGCAAGCCAGCCUGCGGCCUUCAAAAGGUGAAGUUGAGCAGAUUUCAUGGCCAGUGUUUUUGUUUUUAUUUUUUGUGAUCCUUGGAAGGAGUCAUCAUUCUGGCAGUUCAUUUCCUGCAAGUGGCAUAUAAUAUUUUUUUUUGGAAGGUACAGUAUUAGAAUUUAGUGAAGACAGGUGAUUCUAUGCAGCCAUUGAUUUUGUUUCAAGAGAGAGAGAGCAAAUAUAAAUUAACGCAGCACCAGUAGAGAAAAAAGCAGUGCUAAUCUUAAGCUUUGGCAUAGCAGACUCCUCUGUUCAAAGCAACUCAGAUCUGCAGCUUUGGGGGGCAGAGUUAGGAGUUCAGUGAUGUAGAGGAGGAUACAAGCUAAUGGAAGGACAGCAAUAAGCAUCAGUCCAAGUUGGACAGUAGGCCAGGGCAGAAAACCAGCUGUUGAGAUCUGUCGAAGGAUUGGCUCUCGUUUUUUUGUCAGGAGCCUCUAUUGAAACCGAAGCAAAGUUGCACAUGUGUAAGUCUGCCGAAUCUGCCGUAACUCCCUUCUCUCCGAAUCACUUUGUCGUGAUCUAGACUGAGAAGCACAUGCCUUUUGAGGAUCGAAUUGUGGGAGAACGUCUAGCCACCCUCCCAGCUGGCAAAGUAUUUUAUUUUUUACUUUUGAAAGUUCAAGCUGGUUUCUACAUAGAAAGGCUCAGAAGCCUUGUGAGCACCUUUCCCUUGCUUUUUUACCCUUCUUCUUUUAGAGACCCUUUAAGACUUUUUUUUUAAUGGGGCGGGGGGGAGCUCCUGACCUACAGGUGCACACCCAGAUCAAAAUCUUGGCAGGGGGAGGUGAGCAGAUGCUAAAAGUGGCCAGACCAGUAGGACGCGUUUCACUCAAUAGGUCCAAUCCCAGCUGUAGGAGCCAUGCAGUUCCUACCUGGCCUCUGAAAGGAAGUUCAUGUGUGAUUCUAGGCACUGUUUAUCUGCAAGCACAACACCAGUCUUGCAGCUACUCCUGCCUCUCCCAUGUAGAGUACGAUGUGCUGCUGCUUAAAACUAAAAGUAACCCCCUUAUACCUGCUUUUUGGAGUGGAAUGCCCUUUUCUCCGUUUCUCUCCCACCCGCAAGGAGAAAAGAAUCUCCCAAGGGUUACGAAUAGCCGGUGGAAUCAAAAGCUUUGUAAUGCAAGUUUGCAUUUAGAUGCCUUGUGGAGGGAGACCUGGUGAGGACGAAGGCAAUCUUAUCAUGUUUGUGUUGAUCUCAUUGGGUGCAAUCCAGCAAAACGAAAACAGAAAUCAGUCGUGCUUCACCUCCACUGAAAUCAAAGGGACUUGAGUGCACAUUUAAUGUUUUAAGUCUCACCGAAAUCAGUAGGACCUAGGUAGGACUUCUAUUCUCCGAACUCUGCCGAUUGUGUAAGUUUGGCUUUUCCCCAGUCUAUAGUCACCAGGACCAGAGGUGUUCCGGAAUCAGAGCACCCGUUAACUUCAAGAGACCUUAGUUCCAGAUGCAUGUUGGCUGUUGAACCAUUGCAUUACAUUUCUUUUAAGACAAAAACGAAAAGAAAACAUGAAAAUGCCUUAUGUGGUUAUUUCUUUUUCACACGGCUCGCAUGUGGAUGUAAGAAAACAAAACAAAACAAAAUAUGGUUUUCUAGCUGCCCAUAGUCAUCUGUUUUCUGAAUGUUUUCCAUUUCAAAAGUGACAAUCCUAGAUGACUGAUCUAGACAAAAUGUUUAGUGACGAGACUUUUAGGCCUAACAAGCUAAACACACUCGAAUGCACAAGGGUCUUAAGAAAAAUAAGGAAUCCUUGUUUAUAUACAAUUGUACAUAAUUUUUUUUUUUUUUUGGUGCAAUAAAGUUUGUUUUGGCAGGA